GGGGGGACGUGUGACGUGGCUCCUCCUUUAGCUUGAGACACGUGUUCCUCCGCUCCGCCUUUGUUGAAUGUGUUCAGGGUUUGCUAAACUAAACGAUGCAUUUGCUCGAUAGAGUCCCGGUGGAACAAACUACACAUGCUUAUAAGUGAUGGGAAACAUCUGGAUGCAUUUGUAAGAGCUCAAAUCUAUUUGCCAAUUUGCAACGGUACACAUUCAAUCUAUUCAAGCUAUACAAGGCAGAAGUGAAUUACUUACUCAAACCAAGCAUUUCCUCAAAAGGAGACUGCUUUGUGCCAUAUUCAGUGCGUGUGUGUGUGUUUGUGUGUGUGUGUGUGUGUGUGUGUGUGUUACGAUUGGACCUGGCAUUGCCGACUGUCUGUUACACAUUUAAGCAUUGCUUAAAAUAAUGUUUCAGUGUUAAACUUAAGGAUGUUACAAAAAACAAGCAAUGUUUAAGUUAAUAAAUUUAAGUUGCCAUAUUUAACACCGAAGUAUUAGGUGUAUUGUGCUGAGUCACUACAUUUGGGAGGGAGAGUGAAGUUCGGAGGCCCACGGAGAGUCCAGACAGGUUCAUGUAUUUUUCAUCCGCUGCUGAGAAAGACGCAUUAAAUUUUUAAGGAAAUCUGACACGAUGUCAUAGAUAGCGACGCCAAAUUUAUGCCAUUAUACACUCUGAUUCGAUUCAAUUGUAUCUUUUACAAUGAGGAUGUCACAUGCAUGCCCAGUAUAGCGCACACACUCACUUAAACUAAUUACAAUAACUACCUGAAAACUAAAAAGUACGCUCUCUUUCUAAAUAAAAUAAGGCCCCUCAUUGUAAAUCAUGCAACAACCACCUGAUGCGCUUUACGUGCAGCUCUCUGGACCCGUCAGAGAGUCCCGUUUGUGCGCCGUGGAUUAGGUUCCUGCAGCCAUUCUACACCCGCGGUAAAGGCAGGCGAGUCAGGUGUCACCCGAAAGUCAGGUGACCAAGCGCAGUCGGAUGCAGUCCAGCCCCUGGGGUCGAGAUCCCGGGGACGCUGGAAAGCAGAGGAGUCAAGAUGACCUUCAUCGCCAAGACCUUCUACGACCUGAGAGCCACCACGCUGGAGGGGGACCCGCUGGACUUCAACGUGCUGCGGGGACGGGUGGUCCUCAUCGAGAAUGUGGCCUCCCUCUGAGGCACCACGCCCCGGGACUACAGCCAGCUCAACCAGCUGCAGACCAAGUACCCCCACCGGCUGGUGGUCCUGGGCUUCCCCUGUAACCAGUUUGGGUAUCAGGAGAACUGCAAAAAUGAUGAGAUCUUGAAUUCCCUGAAACACGUGCGUCCAGGCGGCGGCUUUCAACCCAACUUCGCCAUCUGUGAGAAGUGCGACGUGAACGGGACGAGCACCCAUCCGGUCUUUGCCUAUCUUAAAGAUAAGCUCCCCUACCCCGACGAUGACCCCGCCUCCCUCGUGGACGACCCCAAGUUUCUGGUUUGGAGCCCCGUCAGCAGGACGGACGUCUCGUGGAACUUUGAGAAGUUUCUCAUCGGGCCGGAGGGAGAGCCCUUUAGAAGAUACAGCAGAAGGUUCCCCACCAUUGACAUUGAGCCUGACAUCCAAAGACUGUUAAGAUUAACCAAAAACUAACAAUGGCCUCCAAGUAUCACAAUCAGAACAAAUGUUAUCCUCCUCAAUUUUAAGCCUUAUUAAAUGACGGUGAUAUUCUAAAAAAAAAAAAUCCAAGGGAAUAUUAUCUGAGGGCUUUUAAGUGCUUAAGAGUAGUGGAGGAAGAUAUUUGAUGUAAAAUAAAUUCUGUCCAUUUUUCUCCCCUGUCAUACCAAAGUCUGGCCAGCAGGUGGUGCUACUGAUUUGAUCAUAUAAGUGGACAACUCCUGUCAUGCGUAUAUACAUAUACCACACACACACACACACACACACAAAAUGUGUGCACUGGAAUAAAACCCUGAGAAUCAAUAUGUUCUCUCACUGCCGUGUCUUCCUUUUUUUUUAAAUCGGACCACGUGACCAGUGAGGCACCACCUGUGACCACGUGUUGCUCUGAUGCAUGGUUGACAAAAAUAGAUGGUGUCACGUCUGACACAGCUCUGCGUGGGCAUAACGAGGCUCGACAAACAGCGGGGAGGGCGUGUAAUCAUCAGGCGCGCUGCCGUUGCACAUUUUAAGCGCUUUGCACCGCGCGUCCUCUCUGCUGCUGAUUUGUUGAUCUUCUUUCUUCCACAUUUCCCAGUGAGAUCUGCUGACA